AUGCAAGCCUUCUAUGGAUCGUGGAAAUUGGAAAGCAGUGAUGACGUGAGUGUGUUAGCUCAACGCCUGGGUGCCGAAAUACCCAAAGAAAAAUUGGCCCAAUUGUCCAAUUCGGCCCUUGCAUUCUCCCCAGGUGCCGCCGACCACCAAAUCAUGCAAGUAAAAAUAGGACCCACGACUCGCGACACAACAUUCAAGCUGGGUGAGAAGUUCCAACACACUACAGUCGAUGGUCGACCCGUUACGGUAAGAUUCAGACUGAGUACUCGUUUAUAUUUUAUGCUUGUUAUUAUUGAGACAUAGUCUCCACGUAACCUUAGUGCUAUUAAGAGUGCCAGUCCUCUAGGCUAACUCUCACCACUAAUCUCGAUCAGAGCAGUUGGACAGCCAAUUCCCUGUAUCCGGAUUUAAUAACAGCAGACCAUGAAACUCUGGCGAGAGGUGCUGUACAAAGGAUGAACUGGUUUGCACUCACUUUUAGGAACCCAUUAAACCAUACGUACUUAGUUAAUAUGUAUGCAUGUAUAUGUGCGUAUAUGUAUAUGUCAGAGGGGAGACGAAAUAUGUUGGGAGUAAAUUCAUAUAGAAAUGCUUUGGAUUCUUUCGCUUUCACCUAGUCAUUCAUAACUCAUGCGAAACAUGUUUGCCUCGGGAAGUCAAAGUAUCUGUGUGUGCCCAUUCCUGAGUUAAUGCAUAUAUAUAUAUAUAUGAUGACAGAUGGGUGCUCACCGAUCAGGUUACGGAACAUGCUCGUUCCGCUGUGCCUUGGGGCUCAUACUAGAACCCUCGCAGGCAGUCGCACAGCGACUAGUGGUAGAUAUAGAUCACAACCGAUAGGACAACGGGCCCGUGGCUCAAUGGUAGAGCGUCAGACUCCAUGACCAAAGAUCCCGGGUUCGAAUCUCAAGUGAUCUACACUUGGCGUUGGGUAUGACUGGCUGAUGACGGCUAAUAAGCCAGAAAUGGCCAUUCCGGUCUCCCUGGUCUUUGUCGGCUCCAUCUCAUAUAUAUAUAUAUUGCUAAUAGAAGCCGUAUAUAUAUACGAUCCCCAGAGCGUACCAUCACAAAUAUUUCCGCAGAUAAGUUUGAAAGUAACUGUCUGAGAUGACGGAGCAAAUUCAAAAUAAAUUAGUUAAAAUGACGGUGAUUUUUUGUGUUCAUAUCCUUUGUAGAUGACUAUUAAACUGGAAGGCAACAAGUUGACAAUUGAUCAGGAAGGCGACAAAGUAAUGCUCAUUGAGAAUGUUGUGGAUGGUAAUAAUUUAACAAUGGUGAGUCUAAACCAGUCAGUUUGCCUUUUCGUGAAAAUGAUAGACGAUAGGGGGAUUUCGUAUGAAUGCACAACUCCCCCCUCGUAAAACGCCGUCUAGAGGUCACGAGGGACGUAAUACCAGGACGAAAACCUUCAAUCAACAGUGAGACCUAUAGAGUGUUUCUAUACCAUAUAUGUAGCUGACGCGAUUCCGCUGCAGAUGUGCCGACUGGCUCCAACAGCAUCCGCACCGAUUUCGCGGAAGUGUUCUCAUGCCAUUAAGAGAAUGCCGAUGAUUCGCAAAUCAAACGGCAGGAAAUAGAACUGGAUAGACAAAUUUCACUGAGGCGACGGAGUGUACACGCAGCUUAGCAAGCAGUCGCACCAAGUAUUCCCACCAGGCGAGUGUCAGACGAAGUGCAUGCGUCUAAGUAUCGUUUGGUCGCCGCCAAUCAGAGAAGGGAGAAUUUCGCCCCUGCGCCGCGGCAUCCACCAACUGGAGAUUGUCACUUGCAGGCUGACUGGGCUAUCCAAAAAUGCCUUCUGUGCGCGCCGUGUUCUGUCUUGCGUCAAUUUCACCCAGCUGCGAAAUCAUCAGAAGUCCCGACGCCGCGGUAUCUACUAGCGGCAGAUUGUCACACGCGCUAUAGCGGUGACUUACAGGCAGGCUAGGUUACCUACGCAUGCCUUCUGUGCGGGCCUUUCGAUUUGGAAAUGUAUGGGGCGUAGACUUGGGGAAAUACGAUUGCCCCUGGAAAUUCACAAUUCACAAAGCUUGUAAUUGCUAUAUCUGCAGUCCUAGAAUCCGAUUGAGAAAUGUAUACAAGGCACAGGAAUUGGAAUUCUGCUUUUACUAUCAGAUAUUUUAAAAGCCAAUUUGGCGAGCAUAAGUUUGCCUUCUAUGUACUCACUUCAUUCCCGUAUUUAAUGAGAUUUUGACUCCCGAGUAUUCAGCAUGUUCUCUUUGUUUUGUCUUGCGUAAAUUUCGAUCAGCUCCGAGCUCAUCAAAGAUCUCUUUUUUUCAUUUUACAGACUCUGAAAGUGGGCGACGUCUCUUGUGUUCGACACUACACCAAAGCUUAAAUGUACAAAGAUUAAAAAACGCAAAUUUUUUUUCCCAGAGCAUAUGUUUCUGUUCUUUGGGCGAAAUGCGCACUGGAUUAGCACAAGUCUUUAUUAUUUGGCGGUUAACGCGCCGUCUCAACUAGCAACUUAACCGCAUUCUGCGGCCGCCUAGGUGAAGCUCGAUGGUCUAAACAUCAGCAUUUCAACAGUUCUGCAUUAAAUAGGCGGGAAAUCCUUUGGAGAUCGGUAUAAAUGAGUUGGAAGGCUUUGGGAAACACGUCUAAUUUACUUGCUGAUUGCCGGGAACCCCCAGCCUACUUAAGGUGACGCAAAUAAUCCCAGUCGACCACCGACAAAAUCUGUUGGCUUUAGUCUGAAUCGCUUAGGCAAUAAAAAUUAUUGCAUGAACCGAAGUAUGCUUUCUUUAGGAGGUCAGAUAUUUUUGCAACGCAUUAUAAUUCUAGAGAAUAGGGUGUACAUGGUUCAUGCCCUACAGGGGAUUUAAUGCACAGUUCGCAGCCUUUCUUAUGGUAGGUCAGGAACGGAACGCUAGACCGUGUCCUCGAAUGCGGUCACCUCCUUGGAUUCAAUACUACAGGGAAUGUUCUGGCGCGUCUCUUCAAGCAAUAUGUAACCUAAGGAAGGUUGAGUCGGAGAAGUUAUUUCUCGUCGAUCAAUGUCCUUGUCAAUCAUCGGGUUUGCGGACGUUAUAAAUUCCGCGAAAAUGGAGAAUUGCGGGAUUUUGCAGGCCGUCCGCUGAACAGAUUCCUGGUCAUUUGAUAGACAGAGUAAUAAAGGACGACUGUGCAUUCCUUAGUUCACCAUCGAGUAGGAUUGUAGCCACAGGUGCAAUGAGGAAAUAUUUGUAGCAAAUAGGUGAAUUGCGUCAUAGUAAGGGUUGCAUUCUUGCACAUCGACCCUACUCCCCCCACGCACAGUCUUUCAGAAAGAGUACUCACAUGGAAAAGGAGUAUUAUACCGUUUGGAAAUGAGUUUGAACACAUUCUCUGGCCCCGAAAAAGAACUCAUCUACACCCUACACAAUACAGCCUAUCGCCGCCGCACAACCGAGUUAGGGUUUCAACACGAAUUUAGCGGUGCUGGAAAUCAGCGCCGAUUAUUCUCAUAUUGAAUCGAUGCGUUUGUAAGGAGCAUUUUCGUCGAAGGUCCACUUCAUACAAGCGUCAAACCACGCAAUUGGUUACCUCUCACUGUAAGUGCAGUGGGAAUCAGUCAAUCGGUCGCAGACCACAAAGUGUAUAUCGAGAAUCCCCGCAUUCAAGCACGCAUGAUCUCAGCCUUUGAGAAAAUCAACAGAGAAGAAUCGGCAAAACUUCCAUGAUUCCAAUUUAGAGACGAUGUGUAAAAAUUACUAAUAGAGGAGUACGAGGAUGGGGAAGGGGAAAAUUUUGAGGAGGAGGAGGCUGAGGAGGAGAAGGAGGAGGAGGAGGAGGAGGAGGUGGAGGAGGAGGAGGAAUAG